AUGGCAUAUGCUGGAUAUGGCAGGAUACUUUCAUAUUUAUAUGGAUAUUUUACUACAGUAGUUAUCAUUUUUAUCAUAGUAAUGAUAAAAAUAGGACAUAUUGAAUUAAAAACCAUCUUCGAAGAUAUUCUUAAUAAAAUUAGUCCUUAUGCCUGGGCACUAGUUGGAAUAGGACUUUGUAUUGGCCUUAGUGUUGUUGGUGCUGCAUGGGGGAUCUUCAUUACUGGCUCAAGUAUACUUGGAGGAGCUGUGAAAGCUCCAAGGAUUAAGACAAAGAAUCUCAUUAGCAUCAUUUUUUGUGAAGUAGUAGCAAUUUAUGGUGUAAUUAUGGCAAUCGUAUUCUCUGCAAAAUUACAAAGUAUACCAUCACCAGAUUUAAAGACACAAUCAAAUUAUUUUACAGGGUUUGCAAUAUUUUGGGGUGGUUUAACUGUUGGAUUUUGUAAUCUAUUUUGUGGUAUGGCUGUCGGAGUUACUGGUAGCACUGCUGCUCUUGCUGAUGCUCAGGAUCCUCAAUUAUUUGUAAAGAUACUUGUCGUCGAAAUUUUUGGUAGCAUUCUUGGUUUAUUUGGUUUAAUCGUUGGUUUAUUAAUAACAGGAAAAGCUGGAGAAUUUAAUUCUUAA